AUGGGUGCCCAAGAGUUUCGUGGAAAGGAUUACAAUCUGAUCCGCAAGAAUUGCAAUGACUUUUCAAAUGCAUUUUGUAAAAGAUUGUGUGGUAAAGGCAUUCCCAAAGAUAUCAAUAAUUUAGUCAAAAUUAUAGCUCAAUAUCCAUGGCUUGAGAAACAGAUACCCAAAGAGUUUAUAACUCCAAAGACACUCGAAAACAAUGUCAAAGAGCGGGAGAAGAAAGACAAACAAACGUUAAACAAACAAAAUUCCGAUAAUAAGGACAUUAAUAACAAUAAUCAGUGA